GAGGACUGCAACCCCCUUGUAUAUAACAUAGCAGACGCCUUCUUUCACUCAGUCGCGUUCCUCUUCUGCCCGUAAUCCACCAGCGUUCUCAGAAUACAAGAUGAAGGCCAGUCCAGCAUCAGUUGCAGAGUGCAGCGCAGUUUUGUGUGUGUUGCUUCUGCUAGCAGACGUAGCAACCACAGCUCCCGCCCCAUAUGAUUACGACAGUGUACGAGAUCUCUACGAGGUUCUGCUCCAGCGGGAAGCAAUGGCAGACAACUUGCUGAAUCAGCACAGGAUUGUCCGUAAGAACAACCGCUCCCCUUCAUUAAGACUUCGUUUUGGUCGGCGCAGUGACCCUGCCAUGCUCCAGGUGGAGCGAAAUAUUCUGGGCUCGUUCCCAGAUGGUGGGAUCGACAACUAGAUCACAGACCACCCCUUGCACCCCUACAUGAACUACAAGACACCCCGCAGUAGUAGUACACCUAUAGUAUAAUAUACCAUUUUAUAUCCAAACCGUUAUUUGGGAUAAAUUGUACUGUGUGGUAUUCAAUAAAUUUAGCUACGAAAGUAUUACUAAUUUUACUUGCAGACUUUGCUAACCAAGAAAUUAUCGAUACAAUCAAUUAUUGAUAUUAUUAUUGAU